AUGGCGACUGUUCAUUUUUCAUCCAUAUUUUGCCGGAUGUCUUUGGGAUUGAUUUUUACAUUUUUAUUUCCUUUACAUCUGUCUCCAUCACUUUUUUUCUUUCUUUCUUUUUUUCUUAAGAGUUUGUUUUUUUAUAGCCUUUGUUAUAUUUUUUAUUUUUAUUUUUCGAACUUUCCUUUUUCUUCUCGCACUUUUUUCUUCUUUUCUUUCACGCGCUUUUUUCUUCUUUUCUUUCUUUUUCGUUACUUCUUUGUCGCCUGUAUUAGUUUUUUAUUAACACGCUUUUUUUUCUUUUUAUUCUAUACUUUUUUGUUUCACUUUCUUUCUCGACCUUUUUUAUUUCUUUCUGUUUUUUGUUUUUGCUUUACAUGGCCUUUCUUGUUAUUAUCCGAAUAUUUCUUUCUUUCUUUCUUUCUUUCUUUCUUUCUUUCUUUCUUUCUUUCUUUCUUUCUUAUUCUUAAAACUAUCUUCCUUUUCUUCUACCUUUUCCUUCCUUCCUUCCUUCCUUCCUUCCUUCCUUCCUUCCUUCCUUUCUUCCUUCCUUCCUAUUCUUACUCCUAUCCUGAUUUACUGUUUCUAUCUUUACUCACUUUUCCCCGUCAAUUUCUUUAUUUCUUUCAUUCAUUCUUUCUUUUUUUUCUUUUUGAUUUUUCCAUUAUUUCAUCCGUGUUUUCUUUUGACAAUCUGGCAAUAUCAUAUCUUUUUUUUCUUUCUUUCUUUUUUUUUUCGGCUUAUAUCUGCUUUAUUCUUUCUUUCUUUUCUCACAUUUUUCUUUCUUAA